AUGCAUCGCACAGUGAGUGACUGAUUUCUGGGCAGGCGAACUUGCUCUGACAGCGCCUGUGUUGACUGCCAACCGCAUCUCUACGCUGACCGUUAGACCCGCCUGUGUUGCGAAGACAUGCUCUUCCUUUCCUAAAGGUUUCAAUGAUCGUACCUCGACGGGAGCCUGCGACUUGACCAGCAGCACCGGCUUCAACAAGCAAGGCGGCUUCCGCAUCGCGGCGACUUGA